UUCUGGUAUCGUUUUUGUGCCCACAGACUCACAGUUGCGCAUUACAGCACACAGCUAAUUUUGAUACUCAAAAGCUUUGUGAGAAAAGGCGACGCCAUUAGUGAAACCUCUCUUUCAUCUCUUCCCUUGCCUUGAUUUUCAAUACUUCUCUAAUGGACUCCGUCUUCUCAAAAGUCGAUCGUGCUCCCGAAGAUCCUAUUCUCGGUGUAACUGUUGCUUACAACAAUGAUCCGAGUCCAGCCAAGAUCAAUUUGGGUGUCGGUGCCUACCGAACUGAGGAAGGGAAGCCUCUCGUUCUUGACGUGGUUCGAAGAGCAGAACAACAGCUAGUGAACGACCCAUCUCGGGUAAAGGAAUAUAUUCCCAUUGUUGGACUUGCUGAUUUUAACAAACUAAGCGCCAAGCUCAUCUUAGGUGGUGAUAGUCCUGCGAUUCAAGAGAGUAGAGUUGCUACAAUCCAGUGCUUGUCUGGUACUGGUUCAUUGAGAGUUGGGGCUGAGUUUCUUAAAAAACACUACCACCAGAGUGUCAUUUACAUUCCAAAACCAACUUGGGGGAACCAUCCCAAAGUUUUCAACCUGGCUGGCUUGUCUGUGGAGUACUACCGUUACUAUGAUCCUGCAACCCGUGGACUUGACUUCCAAGGCUUGCUUGAGGAUCUUGGCGGUGCACCAUCUGGAGCUAUUGUCUUACUUCAUGCAUGUGCACACAAUCCCACUGGAGUUGACCCAACAUCCGAACAGUGGGAACAGAUUCGACAACUAAUGAGAUCUAAAAGCUUAUUACCCUUUUUUGAUAGCGCAUAUCAGGGAUUUGCUAGUGGUAGCCUUGACACAGAUGCACACUCAGUCCGUACCUUUGUGGCUGAUGGCGGUGAAUGCCUGAUAGCUCAAAGUUAUGCCAAAAAUAUGGGACUUUAUGGAGAGCGUGUUGGUGCCCUUAGCAUUGUCUGCAAGUCUGCAGAUGUGGCUAGUAAGGUUGAAAGCCAGGUGAAACUUGUUGUGCGACCCAUGUAUUCAAGCCCACCUAUUCAUGGAGCAUCAAUUGUUGCAACCAUUUUGAAAAGCAGUGAAAUGUACAACGACUGGACCAUCGAGUUGAAAGGAAUGGCUGACCGCAUAAUUAGCAUGCGCAAACAGUUAUUUGAAGCUCUACAGGCAAAAGGCACACCUGGUGAUUGGAGUCACAUUAUCAAACAGAUUGGAAUGUUUACUUUUACCGGAUUGAACAAGGAGCAAGUUGCCUUCAUGACCAAAGAGUUUCACAUUUACAUGACAUCUGACGGGAGAAUAAGCAUGGCAGGUCUCAGUUCGAAGACAGUGCCUCACCUGGUUGAUGCUAUACAUGCUGCAGUUACCCGCGUCGGCUAAACUAGCGAUGAUACAUUUUUGUUGUUUUAUCGAAUAAAAUCGGAAAACCCAAAAAACAGCGUUCUUGGUUUAUAGUAUGGGUUUCUCCUGAUGGGAUCAUAUAUUUCCUCGUGUCUUUUGACUAAAAGUCUAAAACAAACCGAGGAUUGUGACAUUGAAAUCUUCAAUAUUUAAGGAAAAUAAUUGGUUUUAUAA